AUGGCUCCUUCUUCAUCUUUUCCUUCUCCACCUCGCACUUGGAGUCACAAUGUCUUCACGAGCUUCCAUGGACCAGACGUCCGUAAGACUUUCCUCAGUCAUUUACGCAACCAGUUUGACCGCAAUGGUAUCACGAUGUUCGAUGACAAUGGGAUCAAAAGAAGCCAUAACAUCCCCUCUUCUCUCACACAAGGAAUUCGACAAUCGAGGAUCUCGAUCGUAGUCCUCUCAAAGAACUAUGCUUCUUCCAGGUGGUGUUUAAAUGAGCUAUUGGAGAUUUUGAAGUGCGAGGAAGAGGUAGGUCAAAUAGUAAUGACUGUCUUCUACGGAGUAGAUCCAUCUGAUGUGCGAAAACAAACCGGAGAUUUUGGGGUCGCUUUCGACAAAACUUGUACUCGAAAAACAAAGGAGCAUGGAAGAAAAUGGAGCAAAGCUUUGGAAUAUGUUGGCAACAUAGCUGGAGAACACAACUGGGACAAUGAAGCGAAAAUGAUCAUAAAGAUUGCAAGAGAUGUUUCAGAUAUACUACACGCCACACCGUCUAGGGAUUUUGAUGGAAUGGUUGGACUUGAAAGUCAUUUGAAGGAAAUGGAGUCUUUACUAAAUUUUAGUGACAUUGGAGUUAAGAUUGUUGGAGUAUCUGGUCCUGCAGGCAUUGGUAAGAGUACCAUUGCUAGAGCUUUACAUAGUCGUUUCUCUAACAAGUUUCAACUUGCUUGUUUUAUGGACAACCUUAAGGAAAACUGUAAAAUUGGAGUUGAUGACAUUGGUUUAAAGUUACACUUACAAGAGCAGCUUCUUUCUAAGGUUUUGAACCUAAAUGGCAUUAAGAUAUGCCAUUUAAGUGUGAUACAAGAAAGGCUACACGACAAGAGGAUACUUAUCAUUCUUGAUGAUGUGUAUAGUAUAGUGCAACUAGAAGCUUUGGCUAAUAUCAAGUGGUUUGGUCCUGGAAGUAGAGUCAUUGUGACCACUGAAAACAAAGAGAUUUUGCAACAACAUGGUAUCAAUGAUAUAUACCAAGUCGGUUUUCCAUCGGAAAGCGAAGCUCUAACGAUCUUUUGCCUAUCUGCUUUUAGGCAACCGUCUCCACCCGAUGAGUUAUUUAAGCUAACAUAUGAAGUUGUUCGAAUUUGUGGUAAUCUUCCAUUAGGUCUACAUGUUCUAGGGUCGUCAUUGCGGGGAAAGAGUGAGGCUGAAUGGAUAGAUGAACUACCAAGUUUGAAAAACUGUCUUGAUGGAAGGAUAGAGAGUGUAUUAAAAAGGGGUUAUGAGAGUUUACAUGAGAAAGACCAAGUUAUCUUUCUCCUCAUUGCAGUCUUCUUGAAUUGUGCACCCGUUGAUCAUGUGAUAUCCAUGCUAGCAAAAACUAACCAGAAUGUUAGUUUUAGGUUGAAAAUCCUAGAGAAAAGAUAUCUCAUACAAUGUGAAAGUAAUAUAGUGGUAAUGCACCAUUUGCUUCAAGUAAUGGCUAGACAAGUCAUUUCCAAACAAGAACAUUGCAGACGUCAGAUUUUAGUCCAUGCCAAUGAAAUUUGUUAUAUUCUAGAGAAGGCAGAAGGUAAUGGAUCAAUUAUAGGUGUAUCAUUUGACGUAGCUGAGAUCAAUGAACUAAGAAUAAGCGCGACGGCUUUUGAAAGAAUGUGCAAUCUUUCAUUCCUAAAAAUUUAUGAUGGGAUGCGCGGUGAAAAAAGACAACUGCACAUCCCAGAGGAGAUGGAGCUUCCACAUUGCUUAAGAUUACUACAUUGGGAAGCAUAUCCAAGAAAGAGUCUUCCUCCAAAACUUUUUCUGAAAGACCUUGUCGAACUCAACAUGGCAUAUAGCCAGCUCGAGAAGCUAUGGGAAGGAAUUCAGCCGCUUGCGAAUCUCAAGACGAUGAAUCUCGCUGUGUCAUCUCAUUUAAAGGAACUUCCAGAUCUUUCAAAUGCCACAAAUCUAGAGAGUUUGAAUCUUAAUAGUUGCACUGCUUUGGUUGAGAUUCCAUCCUCAAUUGUGAAUCUACAUAAAUUAGAUUACUUAGGGUUGACUAGCUGCAAAAGUCUAGAAGUCAUUCCAAGUCUCAUUAACUUGGCAUCUCUUGAAAGCAUCUGGAUGUUUCAAAACUCAAGGCUCAGAAGAUUACCUGAUAUUCCGACCAACAUCACGGAAAUCGAGAUAUACGAUACUGGAGUAGAGGAACUACCUACAUCGCUUAGGCAUUGCUCGCGUCUUACAACUCUUGAUUUAUGUUCCAAUAAAAAUCUCAAGACCUUCUCAACACAUCUCCCGACGUGUCUAUCACGUAUAAGCCUGAGUAAUAGUGGUAUUGAGAGGAUUACAAGUUGCCUCAAAGAUCUUCAUAAUCUACUAUUCCUUGUUUUAACAGGCUGCAAAAGACUCAAGUCAUUGCCAGAGCUCCCUAGCUCGCUCGAAUUGCUAAGCGCUGAAGAUUGUGAAUCACUAGAGAGAGUAAGUUACCCCUUAACCACUUCAAAUGCAGUGCUCAGGUUCACUAAUUGCAUAAAAUUGGGUAGACAAGCACAACGAACGAUUACCAAAGGAUCAUAUCUUCAUGGAUGGGCUCUCUUACCCGGAGCAGAAGUACCUCCAGAGUUUGAUCACCGAGUGAGAGGAAAUUCCUUAACAAUUCCUUAUUCUGCUUCCAACAGAUAUAAGGUUUGCGUCGUAAUUUCUCCCAACCAUCAAAUCAUAGAAUUUAUGGAAAUAGAGCUACAUUGUCAUUUCAAAGUCAUUGACAACUCAGUAAACUCCGCUGACAUGAAGUUCUACCUAUCCAAAGUCUUUGAGUAUCGAGCGAAACAUCUACUGAUAUUUCACACUAGCUUGACAUUUAUAGACACCUCUAAAGCUAGCAGAAAGGUAAUGCUAGAAUUCAGAAGCACAAAACAAGUUUUGGACAUUCUUGACUGUGGUGUCAAGAUCUUGACAGACGAAAUCGAUGAAAGCAACAACGGAUCUAACGAUGACGAUGACGAUGAUAAUGCAAUUAACAAUACAUUUGAAUCUGAAUCAAGCGAAGCAUCUGCUAAAGAAGACGAGGAUGGUAUAGCUAAGGGGAGAUCUGAUUCUGAAUCUAGUGAAACAUCUGACCAAGAAGAUGAUGAAGAGAGUUACAAAUCUGAUUCUAGAGAAGCGGUUCAAGAGCAAUAUAAGGGUAUCGAUGAUGAUGCUAACCACGAAUCUGUAUCAAGGAAGCGUCUUAGGAUAAACUUUGCUCCCAUUACUGCAUCUUUCUUGUCCGUAGAGGUUGAUGCUAUACCUCCACCAACUUAUGGAUUCCGUAUGAGGAUAGAUGAAGAGGAACCAAGUACUGGAUUCCAUAUGCGGAUAGAUGAAGAGGACGAUGAUAGUUUUGCUAACUGGACAUCUGAAUGUGAAUCAGGAGAAGUGUCCGACAAAGAAGACAAUGAAGAGGGAGACAAAUUCUGA